CCUGAGGAUCUGAUUAUUAUUCCAGCCCGCCUGCCUCAUAAAUAAAACUGAUACCUUUAUUCUUUGGAAACAACAGCUACAAAAAAGUCCAAAGAGGCAGCCAGAGAAGGAGAGGACAAUAUGGCUUUCAAAAUAAGGAUCAGUGAAAACCUGUUUCUGCAAGUAUUGAUGUAAUCUGCAGUUGGUUUGGAAUUGUGUGUCUUCAAACAGGGAGGCCAGGAACAAGAACCUGGUGAAAUAUCUUUGUUAUCAAAACAGAACACCUAGGGGAAGAGCUGUCAGUAGCAGUGGCAGUGGAAGAAGUCAGGGGUGUUGUUGUAUUUGCUAUGGAAAAGCUUCUCAAUAUAUACUUUAAAGAAACAACAAACGACAACAAAUCCUUCACAAUAAAAAAGAGAAACUGUUCAGGAAUGGAUUGGACACAUGGGCCUUCCCAGAGCAGGGAGAAAUCUCUGUCCUGUGUUUGUGGGGGAGAAAUUGCUCUCAGUGGGAUUUCUCCUGUGUUGAGAGAGAUUAGGGUUGUUAAAAGCUUGGAAUAAUGGAGAGUGUGGCUGUUAUAAUCCCAAUUUAUAUUCAGAACGCUUUUAAUGAAAUACCUGAUGUUUGCCAAAAACGUGCUCUCAGGUAAACAGCAUUACAAUACAUUCCUGUAUUGUAUGCUGUUUGUUUUUUUUAAUAUACCCAUUGUUUGAAAAUGUGAUACGAGAUACAGCUUUGAACAGCUGUGCUUGGGAAAAGCAUGAACUGCCUUGUGCAAAAGUGGCCUGUAAAUAGGGUUGAUUUAGAAAUUUCCAGUAAGGCCAAAGAACGCUAAAAAUUAUUAUUUGCCCAAAUAGAGGUGGUUGUUUGGGGAAACCGGUUCCUUUAACUGAAAUAUCACUUGGGCCAGAUGUUGAGGGCAUUGAAUGUGAGAGUUAUGGCACAAGUCAUGUGCUGAGGAUGCCAAAGUGCAGUGCAAGUAGUUGGAUUAUAUUAAAGUUCUGUUGAUAAUGCUGAUUUAAGAAUGUGCUUUUAUAUUUUAUUUGUGAUACAGUAACAUGUUUAGGGGUAGGUAAAUACUGGCUAAUCAAGAAUUUCCUUUCUGUGUUAACUAGUUAAUCAUGAUGUAAAAAAAUCUUGCUUAUUCAGUAUCAUAGAAUCAUAGAAAGAGUCGUAGAAUCACAGGCAUUGGAAGGGACCUCUGAAGAUCAAGUCCAAUCCCCCUGCUGCAGCAGGAGUGCCUGAUCAGUAAGCAGUAAAAUCUUUUCUCAUUGCAUUUGGUGUGUGCAGGUAAACUUCCUCUGUUUCAGGUGAUUAGCACAGGAUCAGCACAACAUGGCAGCUGGAGUUUGAAUACAAGAUACUGACACAUCUUUGGGCCCUGCAAUGACAAGUCAGAACAGUAGCCAUGCAGAGAAAACUGGUGAGAUGUCCUCAAAGCAGUCAGCACCAAAAGUGCAGGUCCAACGAUCUGUCUCCCGAGAAACCAUCACUAUUCAUUUCUCUGCAUUUGGGAAGGAGGAAGAAGAGGAGGAAGAGGAGUUUAAGGAAUUUCUUGGUGAGGAACUAGAUGACCAAAGCAUUGUAACAGCACUUGAAGCCAAGGAAGACCUCUGCUUUGAGCUCACCGGCCAUGAUUUUUCUGGUCCAGCUACCUCGCUCAACAUGGCCAGCUCUGCAUCACUGCUGUCCUCAUCACCCGCGGUUCCGCCAGCUGCAGAGACUGUGACGCUGUUGGAUUCUCCUUGCACAUCCCACGUGCUCAGUGCAGUGCCACUAGUCCUGUCUCCAUCGUCACACUCGUGUCAUGGCUUAUCAGGUGCACCACCACCUGUAGAACAGAAAUCCAGCCUCUUGUCUUCCCCAUCCUCAUCCCCUUCCAGAUCAGUCAUCUGCUCUAGUGGAUCACCUGCAGUUUCUAGUUCAAAGCCUUUUAAGGGUUUAGUCAAGUCCCUUUCAACAGACGUGGAACCGAAAGAACCCACCCCACCGAUGCGACAUAGGCAGUUAAUGAAAACCUUAGUGAAAUCUCUGUCUACAGACACUUCUAAACAAGAACCUGAAGCUGUGUCUUAUAGGCCACCCGACUCGAAGCUGAACUUGCAUCUGUUCAAACAGUUCACUCAACCUCGAGCUACAGGUGGUGACUCUAAAACUGCCCCCUCAUCUCCAUUAACAUCUCCCUCUGACACUCGUUCCUUUUUUAAAGUACCUGAGAUGGAGGCUAAGAUUGAAGAUACUAAGAGGCGCCUUUCUGAAGUCAUCUAUGAGCCUUUUCAGCUCCUCAGUAAAAUAAUGGGCGAUGAAAGUAGUAGCCACAGGCCCAAAGCCUUAUCUUCAAGUGCUUCAGAGCUCUCAAACCUUUCCAGUUUGAAUGGCCAUUUGGAAAGCAAUAACAACUACAGCAUUAAGGAAGAAGAAUGUGAUUCUGAAGGGGACUUCUAUGAAAAUGGCUCUAACCUGGAUAAGAACAAUCAGUCAAAAGUGGCUGAAGAACAUGCUAAAGAGAAGGAAAACAAAAGCUCUCAGUCUGCAAGCACAAAGGACACGAGUUCAAAAGCUUCACUCGUACUUGAAAAAUGUUCAUUGUCUGCACUAGCAAGCAGAGAGGAUGAGGAGUUUUGUGAACUGUAUUCUGAAGACUUUUCCUUCCUAGAGGAUGAAAGCAAGGCCGAUAAACCUUCUGAAACUUUGUUCGAUUCUGAGAUGACUGAGGAAAAUGGUACUAUGCUCAGUAGUGAAAAUGGAGAUAAUCUGUAUCUGCAGCAGCCUAAAAUACCAGUGAAAACUUUAUACUCCUUAACACUGUUAGUCUAUGCUUAUUUUAUUAUCCCUCUCCCUGGGUACUUAAGUGGACUCUUACUUGGAAUGGCCCUUGGAUUUAUGAUAGCUGUCUGUGUGAUUUGGCUUCUUACUCCACGUACUCAUGAAUAUCUCAAAUUACAUAAAAGUAUGAAAAAGCGAUGGAAGACAGAAGCUCUGGACAUCAAAGAACCUGAAAUACUGAAGGGAUGGAUGAAUGAAAUUUAUAAUUAUGAUCCAGAAACAUACCAUGCCACGUUGACUCACUCUGUCUAUGUGCGACUUGAAGGAAGCACCUUGCGGCUUUCAAAACCCAACAAGAAUAUUUCCAGAAGGGCUCUGUACAAUGAGCCAAAGCCUGAAGUCACAUAUGUCAGCCAGAAGAUUUAUGAACUUACAGAAAGCAAGAUUUCCCUGGUUCCUAAGAGUCUGGCACGAAAACGCAUUUGGAAUAAGAAGUACCCAAUUUGCAUUGAACUUGCUAGACAGGAGGACUUUAUGGCUAAGGCCCAGACUGAUAAAGAGAAUACAGAGGAAAAGUUACCUGCUGAAAGCAUGGACUUGAACGAUGAAGAAUCCAAGAAACCUCAGGAUGGUGCAAAGCACACUAGCCAAAAGGAUCAAGUGCUUUAUCUCUUUGGAAGGACAGGUAGAGAGAAGGAGGAAUGGUUCAGAAGGUUCCUUCUUGCAUCUAAGCUGAAAUCUGAAGCAAAGAAGCCAUCCAGUUUAUGUGGUAGCAAGCCAGGGAUCUUGCCAGCACACAGCAGAGCUGAUGCUCAGUCUGGAGUUCUCACACACAGCCGAAGCAGCAGCAAGGGGAGUGCAGAAGAAAUUGCAUCCCAGCCAAAGCACAAGGAUCUGGCUGGCAACGUGCGGCAGAAAAUGCUUCUGGACUACAAUGUUUAUAUGGCAAAGUGUGUUCCUCCUGAAAAGAGAAGCCCUUCAGGUAGUCCAGUCCUCAGUGCAGACAGCAGCCCUACAGCUGUGAAAAAGUUACCAGACACCCAUGUAGAAGCUGAGGAAGAGGAGCAGGAGGCCUGGGUGAAUGCUUUGCUUGGAAGAAUAUUUUGGGAUUUUUUAGGAGAGAAGUAUUGGUCUGAUCUAGUGUCAAAGAAGAUCCAAAUGAAACUUAGCAAAAUAAAGCUGCCAUACUUCAUGAAUGAGCUGACUCUAACUGAGCUUGACAUGGGGAUAGCAGUGCCGAAGAUCCUGCAAGCCUUCAAACCUUCUGUUGAUCACAGAGGGCUUUGGGUUGAUUUGGAAAUGUCCUAUAAUGGAUCUUUUCUGAUGACCCUAGAGACCAAGAUGAACUUGACCAAACUUGGUAAAGAACCACUUGGGGAAGCGCUGAAAGUUGGAGAGAUUGGCAAAGAAGGUUUCAGGCCAAGGGCGUAUUGUCUUGCAGACAGCGAUGAGGAAUCCUCCAGCGCUGGGUCUUCAGAGGAGGAUGAUCCUCCUGAAUUGGCAGGAGAGAAGCAGGUGCCUCCAGGAGCAGAAGGGUAUGUUGGAGGACAUCGGACAAGUAAGAUCAUGAGACUUGUGGAUAAAAUUACUAAGUCAAAAUACUUUCAGAAAGCAACAGAAACUGAGUUUAUUAAGAAGAAGAUUGAAGAAGUCUCUAAUACUCCAUUGCUGCUGACAGUUGAAGUACAGGAGUGCAGAGGAACUUUAGUAAUUAACAUUCCACCUCCACCUACUGACAGAAUAUGGUAUGGCUUUCAAAGCCCUCCCUACCUGGAGCUAAAAGCUCGGCCAAAACUUGGUGAGAGAGAAGUGACUCUGGUUCAUGUGACUGACUGGAUAGAGAGGAAACUAGAACAAGAGUUUCAGAAAAUCUUUGUCAUGCCAAACAUGGAUGAUGUUUAUAUUCCUUUAAUGCACUCAGCCAUGGAUCCCCGCUCCUCUACGUGCCCUCCUAGAGAUCUGAUCACGGAGGCCUCUGAUCAACCAUGACAUGUGAAGACUCUUGCAGUUUACAGUAUUAUAAAAGUGAUUCUCAUGGUUUUAUAAACUGUGCUGUAGUUCUUAUCCUUAACUCGUGCCACUUCCCCCCACCAAGGACUGCCUAUAACCAUACCUUUGUGCUCACUUGCCUGGUUACUGUUCCUGUGUCCUUCAGCUCCAUGAAGUUUUAUUCCAUUAAGCUGUUGAUUUAUUUCUGUACUGGCUGCCAGCAGGAGUUUAACGUGGAGGCUGAGACGACCUGUUCUUUGGGGGAGGGAGGAGAAACCUAACUGUAGUAGAACAAGGACGCACCUUUUGUUCAGCCUGUUUUCAUGCUAUGUUAAUGUGUGUUAAAGCAUUGAAAGGUUGUUUGGCAGCAAAGGAACUGCGUGCCAAAUGGAAAAAAAAUCCUAAAUAAGGAAGGAAUUUAUAAAACUGGAAGAAUAUUUUUCUUUCUCAGGCAGUUGGAGGUGUAGAAUGAACUGUUUUAUGUUCUUUCACUUCUGCAGUCAAUAGCUUGUGUCAAGCAAUUGAAAUAUGAAAUGCUUUCAGGAUAAAAGAAUGUAAAUGGGGUGUAUAGGUCAUGUUGUGAUUCAGUGUGGUAUAUUCAUAUUACUUUUUUCAUACAGAACUUGUGCUUUUUUUUUUUGGGGGGGGGGGAAGCAAGUAGCCAUAAAACACACUAGUAAUCAGUGAAGGUAGGACUGUCUGAUUUUUAUACAUGAGGAGAAAAAAAGUUGGUAAAGCCAUGAGACCAAACCAUAGCAAGCCGCCUUAUAGUGAGGAACAAUCACCUUGGGUCAUUAAUUCUGAAUGUUUAUACAGACAUGAGCACACACACAAUGUCAAUACUGCACAUCACCAGAAGUACUUACCCUACCGUGUGUAGAGCCUCUUGCUACUACCAUGAAACACACCAAGAGUUUUUCUGAUAGGAGUUUGUUGCUGUGAGUCUUUUCCAUUUCACUGUGUUUACACACAAAGCAUGGGACCAAAUUCUUGCAUUGCAGCCUGUAACUCCAGACAUCAAACAGCUUGAUGUUGGUAAGGACAGCUGUGACUGAAAGACUUUGAUCCUCAUGCAUUGGGUUUUUUUGGACUUUGUGGAAUAGGAAUUCAAACCUUGCAGUUAUUCAAGCUGAUUGCGAUGUAAUUUAAGACUGUUUCUGCUAAUUAAUGGCCAAAACUGAGGGGGAGGGGAACUGCCUUUUAUUUCUAUCUGGUAUGAUUAAAGAUUAAAGGUAUGCAGUAAAUUCCGUGUUUGAACACUACAUAUCCACUGUUUAACACAUGUAAUAUUCUUCUGAUACUCAGUGUUGCCAACUGUUCAUGGAUGUCAGAAAACGUUUCAGUUUACACAGAAGGUGAGUUUUGGCUCUCCUUUUAUAACAUGAUUUCCUUUUUUUUUUUUUUAGAAUUUUUAAAAAACUUUUUUGUAUGUUGUGUUGUCACAUUUGAUGUAAAUCAAUUUCCAUGUGUAACUUGAUGAUUUACCAUCUCUAAAUGAAGCUAUUAUAUUGAAGGUUUUUUAAACAGCACCUUGCCUGAAACAAAAGAAAACUACAUUUAAUAUAUUUAAAAUUAAUUCUAUAUUUGAACACCUAUUUUGGUUACCUUUAAUUGAAAUAUUAGUAGGUUGUAUUUGUUACCUGAACUCCUCCUCAACCAUUCCAGGCUGUGUAUAUUCUGGGGUUUGCUGAUUGUGUAGGCAUUAAUUGCCUUUCAUGAAGUCUGCAUGUCUUGUGCGCAGGUCUUUUGUAUGAUUUAAUUUCUAUGUGCAAUAACUAAAAGUCAGAAGACUAGAUGCACUAAUGUGUAAACAGAUUUAGACUUAUUACACAAGAUUGUCAUAUUGCACUUCAUCAACUGUGGGUAACUACAGCCUGCUUGCUUUGUUUUAUUAAAUAAAUUUAUCCCAUCUCAACUA